AUGUCCCCCAUCAGCGUGUGCGUGACAAUAGACAAGAGGAGCUGGAGGAAGCGAAAGGAGGAUCGCAAAUGCAGCCCCAACCUGAGCACGGACGGGGUGCUGAAUACACACAAGGGGUCGUUUCACAGAAAGCAUUCCCUGACAGUGAUGGAUAUCAACCAUGCCACCAAGGGUGCGAGCGGCGCUUCGCUCUUCUACUGUUCUCGGCCUCUGGAGGCAGCUCUGACAAGGAGACCUUUCCAGUUGAUCAUGCUCGUACUUGGAGGAUACAGCCUCUUCUCUUUCUUCGCUUGCUGGUCCUUCGUACCUCGACAUGAUCAUAUCUCCGAGCUCCGUUUCAUCACCUUGACUCUGAGAGGAGGCGACGACGUGGCCCUUGCGAGGGUCGGAUCGUUUGGAGCUCUCUUGUAUGGCAAAGAGCUUCGCCCGAGCAACGCUUCUCAGAGCGGAGCCAUCGUUUCUUUGCAGUACGAGCACACUGUCUCAAUGGACGGCUGGUACUUCACAACCAGCGAAGCUGACAAGCAACUCGAUCCGAUAAGGUUCCGUGUGGAAGCAUAUGACGUAGUCAAGGGCAAGUGGAAGGUUGUGGGCUCGUCAAGCUAUCUCGUGUGCGUGAACACGUACAUCUUUCUGGACACUCGUUUCCGCACCAACGAGACCCGAGGCUUCCAGCAGGUUUUCCAGGUGCAAGCGAGGAGCGCUUGGCCAGAGCUGAUGGACAAGCUCGUAAGCGCCUUGUGCUUCUUCAUCGGAGCUUUUGCUGCUGCUCAUGGUCGUGCAGCCUUCGCGGCAAACUUGGCCGUCUGGACUUGUCUGAUCCAUGCCGUUGACUUCUUGUUCCUGGCGUCCCAGUCGUGGCUGUUCGGAACCAGGGCAGCGCCAGGAGACAAGAGCACAUACCUGCUCGUGGUGCUCGGGAUGGACUGGGUCUUAUCCUUCGUUCUGCUUAGAUGCCUGAAACAAGAGCAUGUCGCUCGAUUCUUCCAGAUUCAAGGGUUCGGCUACUUCGUGCUCUUUCUCUACAUGCGAGGUAAGCCCACGUUUGGCUCAGCAAUCGGGCAUGCAUACAUCAUCUGUUCCAUCAUCUUCUAUGGGGGCGUGGGGAUCUCGAUACCGGCUUUCCGCAGUUAUGAACUCUGGAGGGCAAAGCGGAUGAUUCAACCCGACGUGCUGCAGUACGAGGAGCUGUGGAGAAGAUGUUUAAAUACUCUCAGCCAACAGCUUGACCAGCUUGGCGAAGUGAUCAGGCUCUACGAGAGCGCCUGCUCUGAAGACGGCAGACAGUACGUGCAGAGCUGUCCGACAUCCUCUGGUCCUCUCGUGCCGGUCAAGAGCCUGGAAGAGCUGUACUCGCACAACGAAAUCAUCUCUGCCAUCCUGAGGUCCAAGGUGCUGACAUGGGCUGCGCGAUGCGACGGGCUGCUGCAUGCCAUGGAGGAGCUGAUCAGCGCGAGGGACUGCGAGGGCCCUGAGAUGAUGUCGCUCGUUAGAUGGAGCCCUACCAAGAAGAAAUCGCGGGUUGUGGAGAAGGCCUUUAGGCUGUAUCACGGGGACUUGUCAAAGGUUCUAGACGUCGUGAGGGAGUGCAUCAUCUUCAAUCGAGUUGAGGACCUGAAGGAGUGUAUAGAAGAGAUCUUCCACGACGAAGACAUCGAGUUUGUUCGCAUCAAGAACCGUCUGAGCAAAGAUCACUGCGCGCAAAGCACUGGAGGCUACAGGGAUGUGCUGUUGAACCUGAGGCUCCGCUCGUUCAUCUUCAAAGUUGUUGAGGUUCAACUUAUCUUGCGGGAGUUCUCAGAGCUCAAGAGCGAUGAAGGGCAUGCGCGAUACGUACAAUACAGGAACUGCCUCUGCUCGUAG